UCUCAAAAUAUCUUUCAAGCACAUUAGCCUGCUGAAAUGCAAAACAUCGUGUCGGAAUUACUGUGAAAGUCUUCUUGUUAGUUGGUGAAUGUUUUUUUCUAAAAUACUGUUUUUAUUCGUAAAGUGACUGUGUGUUUACGAACGAAAGUUAUCAUAACUAUCAUUGUUAAGUUUUCUUCAAAGUUUGUUAAGUUGUGUUAAAGUGCCAAGGAGUAAAAGAAAGACCUUGACAAUUGAUAGUUUAUUUCUGAAAUGAAGUUUUUCUCUAAACACCUAGUGUCGAUGCUGUGAUUUUUAGUUUGCAAUGGCUGCAUCCAUUAUGGAGUUGCCAGACAACUCAUCGGGUAUCAAUAUUAGUGAUGUCAUUGAAGUUAUAGAGACUGAUUGCAACAGCAUGGAUUCGACCAGACGAGAGGGUCCUUACAUCAAGAUUGUUGAACAACCUGCGUCCAAAGCACUUAGAUUUCGUUACGAGUGUGAAGGAAGAUCGGCUGGAAGUAUUCCAGGUGUAAAUAGCUCUACAGAGAACAAGACUUAUCCUACAAUACAGAUUAAAAAUUACAAAGGGAAAGUAGUGGUUGUGGUUUCGUGUGUGACCAAAGAUGCACCCUAUAAACCCCACCCCCACAACCUUGUUGGCCGAGAAGGUUGCAAAAGGGGAGUCUGUACACUUGAGAUUCACAAUGACACAAUGACCCAAAGUUUCGACCAUCUUGGAAUCCAAUGUGUGAAAAAGAAAGAUAUUGAAGACGCCCUCAGGAUAAGAGAAGAGAUAAGAGUUGACCCUUUUAAAACUGGUUUCUCACACAGGACACAGGCGGGCUCGAUAGACUUGAAUGCUGUCAGAUUAUGUUUUCAGGCCUUCUUAGAGGACAGACCAAAUUCUGGAACAUUUACAAUUCCAUUGGUGCCUGUUGUUUCAGAAAUCAUCUAUGACAAAAAAGCACUUUGUGAUCUAGCCAUCUGCAGGCUGAGCCAUAGCUCUGCCACAGUGGCGGGGGGUCUGGAGAUGAUAUUGCUCUGCGAAAAAGUUCUCAAAGAGGACAUUGCAGUGAGGUUGUACGAGGAGAAGAACGGAGAAAUAGUGUGGGCGGCCAACUGUGAGUUCACCCCGGCCCAGGUACAUAAACAGGUGGCCAUCACGUUCAAGACCCCACGCUACCACACUAUGCAGGUGGACAAGCCAGUUCAGGUGUUUAUCCAACUACAGCGACCUUCCGACCACGAGACCAGCGAACCCUUGCCCUUCCAGCUGACUCCACUAGACUCAGGUUCUGUGUCAGGGGAGCAGCUAAACCGCAAGAAGCCACGGUUGAACGAUGUCGAUCGUUUGCUGAUUGCAGACAAGGACCCAUUACGUGCAAGCCCUCGAUUGUCCCCGGGGCCCACUGUCAAAAGAGAACCUGCAGAUACUAGUCCGAACCCGUACUCAGUCUACAGUCCUGGAGCAGUCAGGGUGGCAAGUGUUUACCACCCUGACCUGGAAUACAACCCCAUGUUUUACCAAGCACUACCUUCAACCUCGAUGGGUUACCAGGCGAGGACUGUCACAGUACCUUCACUCUCCGCUUUGAAACCCGUGGCCGUCAGUCCGGGGGCGAGACUGAGCCCCGCAAGUAGUCCCCAGGCCUUAGGUAGGGUGUCACCCCUACCUGUCGCCAAUGCCGUAGCAGUACCUUCGGACAUAUACAUGCGGGAGCCGCUGCAGAACGGUUCGCUGCUGGACAUCUCCUCGUUUGUAGCAGAACCCAUGGAGCAUAUCACUGUAGACUCUAAAGACUUCUCAGGCUGUGAUAUAAACCUGUCUGAAAACCUUUCUAACAACCUUCAUCUCAGUGAUGCCAACAUUGUAAACCCUCUGCAGGAGAACAUGACAGACAGUUUCACCAAGCUUGCCAACACGGCGUACUCAGAGUUUGAAGGAAAGUAAUACAGUUAUGGUAAACAUCACAAAAGUAACAAAGAAAAGUUUUGUUGCAGAUAUUGUAAAUUUGUUUAAGAAUUAUUUUUUUACAGCUCUUCCUGAUCACUUUUGUUCUGCCUGUUUACCCUUUACAGAAUGUUUUCCAACAUUGGAUAUUUUAUAUACGUUCUUAAUAGGACUUUUGUAAUAGUUUUAUGAAGAAAUGUAUUAACAUGGAAAAUUGUAUAACAUUAGAAUCAUUAACGGGGUAAACUGCUGUUAUUUUUUUGUUAAAAAAAAAACAUUUUGUGCCUACAAAAUGUAAGAAAGGUAAGUUAAGUUAUUUUUUACUUAAAAUUUACAUUUAAAGACCCUUAAUGGUGCUUUUUCAUUCAAACUCAAACCAAACCAAUUUCAGCGUCAGGUUUUAUCUUACAAAUUCUUAUUUUUUUUUAAUGACGUAGAUUAAAAAAAGUCUCGACAGUUUUUAAAUGUAUAUAUGUGAAGGAGUGUAUUAUAAUAAUUCUGUAAAUUUUGUACUAAACAUAGUGAUUUAUCUCUUUUCUUCAAUUCAUUACAGAUAUAUAGUUUGAUUUAAUUUAAAAAUUGUGGAGUUAACGUCCUCUAUUCAUAUUUUUAGAUGAUCUCUAAAAGGAACAAACCUUUAUUAUUUAAGUUAGAAUAAUUCAGCCUAUGUACAACACAGGGUAGUGAUUUUCUUUGUACCUAACACAUAGUGAAAGGGAAAAGCUAUUUGGUAAAAAUUAUAUCACAUCACUUAAGUUAGGAAACAAGCUCAAAAAUCAGAACAAGGUAGCCUACUAGUCACAAACUUCAACCACUGAACUGUGUCUAUCACUCAGCUCUUAACUUAAUUUCAUCCAUUAUCUGAUAAUUACCAGCACUAUGUUUAUCGUAGAAAAAGAAUUUUUAUUAAAGAAGAUAUAUUGUAAAAUGACAAAAAUCAUGCUGCAACCAACAUUUGUUCCCAGUCCGUAUUGUAUGUUUGUAACAUUUCCUGAGCUGUGAUAUAAUUGUGCUAUGUAACUUUGGUUGUUUUAUGUUUUAAAGACCUCUAAAUAGUUAAGGCUACUUGUGUUGACAUGUUACCUUCGAUAAGUAUGCAUUUAAUGUGAGUUUUAAAAUCAACGCUCAAACCAAGGGUUGUGUUGAUUAAAUGAUUUUUUAUCAAAUUAUGAAAUUAUUUAUCUUUUUAUCUAUUUAGUUGUAAGUGUUAAAGUAUACAAAGUGUGAUUUAUUAAUUUAUCUUACUUGAUAUUAUUGAUUUUUUUUAUAAAUGCUUUUUACUAUUUGCUAAAAUGCAAUUAAAAUGUUCUGUAUGAUAAUGAAUUUAAAGGGUCAUUUGUUUGAAAAAAUGUUUCGCUUAACGUAAGUUCAGACUUUGUCAAUAUACUUUAUUUUUAUUUUAUGUAACUUCUACUGGCAUAUUUGAUUUUUAAUCCAAGUUCCUUUCACCUUUUUGUGAAGAAAACGUGUACUUUGUACAUCCAUUUAAUUAUAAAUACAAUCAUCGAAUCAUCCAUGUAAUGAUGUAUAUAAUAUGUUUAAAAAAUUAAUGACGGUAGAAAUUUUAUUAAUAUGCUCUGUGUUUUUAAAGAGAUUCAAAAUUAAUGUUACGGUAUUGACACACUAUAAUAGACUUUGCAGUAAAUUUACCUAUAAAGGGGGAAGAGCUACUCAAAUACUAUUUGUCAUAGAGAAAAAAGAUUUUUUAAAAUUCUCUUCUGGUGGAGACCAUGACAAUAAUAAGGCUCUCAAAACAUAAGUUUGUUGAAAUAAUUUAAGCCAUACAGUAGUCACAUAAAGCCUGUUUCUUUAUUCAAACUACUAGUAACAAUAACAGAGGAACACACAUAUCAUAAAUGAGUAAACACUCUUUGUUAUUUACAUUUUGUUGAUGAGAUGUAAUUAUUUUCAAAGAUUAACCAUGAGGUCAAAGUUCGCAUUAAAUGAGAGUAUAUUCAUUCUUUCUGUAACCCUUACUUGUUAUGUACAACUGCAAGUUUGAUCAAACACCCUGCAUUGCAAAAUAUUUAUCCAAACAAAAUCCAUGGCAAUUUUGGAUUAUGAAAUUUGUGUAUUGAAAAGGCUAACAUGAUGCAUAACUUGUUGUAAAUAAGGUAAUCAUCAUGUUUAAUCGUGUAUAAAUGCAGAACUAUAUUAUUUAAUUGUACAUAGAAAAGUUCUAUUUACAAAGAACGUUUGAGACUCAAUAAAUUAAGUGUAAAAAUAAUUUUAGUAUAAACUCAAAAUAUUCAAUGUACAAUAGUAAACUUUUUUACUUUUAAAUAUAAGUAGAUUAUGUUGGAAGAUGUAUAUGCACUACAGUAAAAUAAGCAAGCUUUUAAUACAUUUAUAAAUGUUGUGCAAUAAAAUGUUAUAUUUGUUCUGUUGAUUAUUCAAAGUUUCUGUUAAUUAUAUGACAUCUUUAUUAAAUACAUACCAUUGAAAAUGUUAA